GAUACCUGCAAGCAUCUCGAUAUCUGUCAGCCACUUGACAACCCUGUUCGGUGAACUUGAAUUUAGUUAUUUUUGUGUGCGGCCGAUAAACGGAAUUGUGGUGAAAUAUCCGUCUCGAAACUUUUUGAACAAACCCCCACUGAAGAAUGGGCAACAGCGCGUCCCAGGGAGUCGCGGCUCCCAGUGUUUCGGCCGCCCAGCCGGUGGCCCCCGCAUCCUCAUCCGGAACCGCAUCCGGCGAGAAGCCCAAGUGCAAGGCCUGUUGCGCCUGUCCGGAGACCAAGAGGGCACGUGACGCCUGCAUUGUGGAAAACGGCGAGGAGAACUGCUCCGCACUCAUCGAGGCGCACAAGAAGUGCAUGCGCGAUGCCGGCUUCAAUAUCUAGACGCCCCGGAUGAGGCGGCCUUUAGGGUACUUACUAGUCCUGCAGACCCCCAGUUCAACACCCGGAUACCCAGCCCCUUCCACUGUUUGUUUUUGUUGCAUCUCAAGCUAAUUAUAGAACUAACUUAAUUGAAAGCCAAA